AUGGUUCAAACUUCCACAAUAGCGACGAUAAGCGUCGCGACGAUAGCUACCGGUCUGCUAGGAUACGCCAUCUACUUUGACAGCCAGCGCCGCCAGUCAGUCGAGUUCCGACGCACCCUGCGGCGCAAUGAGCGCCAGGCCUCGCGCAAGGAGAAGGAGUCCGCCGCCGCCGGCCGCCAGGAGCGCGUCAAGGACAUCCAAACCGCCGUCGAUGCCGCCGCCGACGAGGGCUUCCCCACCGGCGUCAACGAGCGCGAGGGCUACUUCAUGGAGCACGUACAGAUCGGCGAGCAGCUCGCCGCCGACCCGUCCAAGACCAUGGACGCCGCCCUUGCCUUCUACAAGGCCCUCAAGGUCUACCCUACACCCGGAGAUCUGAUUGGUAUCUACGACAAGACUGUUGACAAGAGGGUUCUGGAUGUUCUCGCCGAGAUGAUCGCUUACGACAAGGCACUUGACCUCGACGGCAUUGGCAGCAUGCCUCACCCUGGUCUGGACUAA